AUGUCGAACAAAGGCUGGUUUAAUCUCGAGACCGCAGGUGCAGGAAUACCUGAAACGCAGUUCUUUGAGGGAGAUUCGGCGUUCAAAUUCUUAGGUCUUUCAAGGAAACAACGUUUAUAUGGCUUCAUUGCUUGCCUUGCAGUCGGUUUCCUUUUGAGUUUGUUGGGUACUAUCUUGCUGGUUCUGAGCUUCAUAGUUCUCUUUGCUAUUCUGUAUGCUCUGGCUACCGUCGUGGCACUACUCGGAACGGGAUUCUUGAUUGGAUUCUUCAAACAGUUGAAGCUGAUGUUCAAACCCGUGCGAAUAGUUGCAACAAUAAUCUUCCUGGGUUCCAUCGGACUUGUCUUUGUUGGGGCGUUUGUCAUCGGAAACGGGAUUCUUUGCAUCGUCUUCGUCAUAAUACAAUACCUGGCCUACACCUGGUACACACUGUCCUACAUACCAUAUGCUCGUUCCGCAGUUUUGAAAGCAAAGUCGUUCCAUUUUACCCUUCUUUUCCAUUUUCGAUCCUUCCAACCCAACCUCGCACUCAAAUUACAUCAAGGAGCCCUACCUCGACCCGCAAGUUCAUUAGCCAUUUCCCCGGAGCCGAUUUCGCCCCUUUACGCGACCUCAAACUUUAUACCCAAUGGUAGCUUUGCCCCAGAUUCUCUUCCUUUAACAACAUAUCGCUAUGACUGGAGGAUACGGCUCAAAAAUCGUUUCAAGACAGUAUCUACGGGUUCAACUCUUGACUUAGUGGAAGAACCUCAAAAAAAAGUUCCAUUUGUCAGACGGAUCAAACCACCACCAUCCACUUUAGAACCUCACGAACCCUUUUAUGAUGCGGUACAGAACUACCAGGAACGCUUUAUACCGCUUUUACGCGCUGAGCAAGAACAAGAAGAAUCGGUUCUUCGAGAACGUUUGAGCACAUGGUCUCUGGCGAAACUUAAGGAGGAAGGUUAUACCCUAACUGGGCUGAGCGCGUAUUGGCAGAAGGAGACGCGUUUCGGUCGUCCCGUUGCUUCGUUUCUUUUGGGACCAGGAUUAAUUCUUCCUGAACACAAGUUCUUGAAUGGAAAUCAAAUCCUUUUGUCUCGUAUCGACCCCCUCCAAGAAGAACCCACCCGCGGCUCCAUUAUCUCUAGUACCACUUCUCAGCUCAGCGUAUCUUUCAACGAUCCUGUUGACUUAGAUGCAGCAGAGAAUGGAUGGCGAAUCGACCUUGGGCAGUCUCAGUACAUUUUCAACUUGAUGAAGGAAGCCGUGUGUGCAUUCAACCAAGACGUAGCGGCUCAGGAGGCAACACAGUCGAUGGCAGAGGGAUAUAACCGACAAUAUAUUCUCCAUGGUACGCAUCUUCGAGAUGUAUUGCUACAGUCUUUCGUACCCUCCGAACGUCCACACAGCCAUAGACCUCUGCAAAGUCCCGACGACCGAGAUUAUGUUGACCAGUCCGUCAUAGACCAUGGAUACCACUACGGCUCUUUAGAUUCUCAAGAUUCGGUUGAGGAAACAUCCAAAAUUGACCUACCAAAGUCGAAUAUGAGUGGAGUCUUUCAAAAUAAUAUGUUGAUACAUUCGUGGGCGGCCCGAUACUCGAAACCUAAUCCAGUGGUCGUCGAAGGUGAUCCAGCGCUCGAUGGUCUCAAUGAAUCGCAAAAGAGGGCUAUAGCCAUGAUGAUCGGAGAGAGAAUCAGCUUGGUGCAAGGGGUACAUCUCUCGAUUCUAUAUCCGAACCCUUUUCUCAUCACAAAUUUCAAGCCUCCCGGUACAGGAAAGACGAAAACAAUCAUCGAAACCAUCAAGGUACUCAAAUCGCAUUUUCAAGUGCCAGAACCGAUUCUCGUGUGCACAUAUACAAACGUGGCCGUGGACAAUCUCGUGGAAGGAUUGGCAACUGCGGGGUUGCGACCUCUUCGAGCCUCAUCUGCAGGCAAAGUUCGACCCGGCUUACAGGAGCACACUUUGGACUACAAGAUGGAGAAACACCCGCUUCAUCCGGAGCUCAAGUCCUUAUUUGGGAGGAAGCAAACACAGGAGAAAGAUUUGGAUGGCGUUCGUGAUAUGUUGGCUGAGCUAAGGACGAAAGAGUUUAUGGGAACCGCGUCAGAUCGAGAGGUGAAGCGUGCGCAGAGAAUACAAGAGGAUAUAGUCAGAAAAGAAAGAGUGUACACUGUCACAAAAAAGCGUUUAUUCGGGUUAGAGCAGAGAAUACGGAAAGAGAUUUUGGAUGAGGCGGAUGUCCUUUGCACCACUUGCUUAACUGCCGCCUCGAUGAGUCUGAACUUGGUCGAUUUUCCCGUCGUAUUCCUAGAUGAAGCAUCGAUGUCAACUGAACCAGCGUCUUUGAUUCCAAUCAUGAAAGGCUCUCGGCACCUUGCCUUGAUUGGGGACCAUAAACAACUCCCUCCUGUCAUUGUUAGUCCUGAAGCUCAAGCAAUGGGGCUGGGUAUAAGUCUGUUCGAAAGACUCACACAGGAAGGCGUUGUCCCAUCGAUCAUGCUAAACAUACAGUACCGUAUGCAUCCCGCUAUCUCCCUCUUCCCCUCUCACGAAUUCUACAACUAUUCUUUGCAAGACGGCACCGUUGACCGCUCCGGGUAUAUAAGCCCUCGACUUCUUCCUCCCAACGUGUCUCCGGCUCUGUUACCUCCAAGCAUUGUGUCGAUUUCUGAGCGGGAGGCGAUAUCUACCAGUCGGCCGCCUGUCAUCUUUCUGGAUCAUACUGGGAACGAAUCCCUCAAAGCUAAGAGUAGAGUCAAUUGGGGGGAAGCUCAUAUUGUGGCUGCUGUAGUGGAGGAUUUACUUUUGAACAAUGAUGACCUGUCUGGACAAGACAUCGGAAUCAUCGCGCCAUACGUUGCCCAGAUAUCACUGCUCACGCGUCUAUUCAACUCCGAUCCCAAGUACGAACAACGGUUCCGCUCUGUCUUGGGUGAUUAUCGUGCAAUGCAGUUGAGUCAAAUAGAGAUCAAGACGGUGGACGGCUUCGAAGGCAGGCAGAAGGAGGUCAUCAUCUUUUCCACUGUGCGGAAUAAUGCUGGUGGAUAUAUCGGCUUUUUGGCCGACAGAAGGCGACUGAACGUGGGACUGACGAGGGCGAAAAGAGGUCUUUUCGUUGUAGGAAGUGUAAACACUUUGAAAGCCGGCAGAACACAGGAGCCUGGGAAGGGAGCGGAGAGUUGGAAACGGUAUAUUCAGUACCUGACGGAACAAGGGCUGAUAUUGAAUCUGGACGGGGAUUCAUUGGCUAAGGUGUUGUAUGGGAAUGUAAACGCUGUGAACGGAGGAAGCAGUAUGACGGAAAUGAAGCAGAUGUACUAA